CCAAUCUGGUACCGCUGCCACCGCCCAAAGCACUUAUCAGGCAUCGUGAGUGGGGUGCUCUGGGCCGGUGUCGGGGCUUUCAUUUUAUCAUAUUAUCUUUGCUUUGAAUUAGAACAAAUUCAUAUUACUGUAUUUGUGAGUUUGGCCAUUGUCUACUCCAUGAUUUUGUCAUUAAUGAUGUUGAUUUCCAACGUGUCCAUGGUCAUGAGGCUCCGAUGUGGCUCACAGAGACGGCACCUGGGGAAACUCUAUGUUGCUGUCGUGCUCAAUGUCAUCUUCUUCUUUGCCUUUGGGAUGCCUUUCACUGUAAAUGUGUUCCUUCAGCCUUCUCAAUGGGAUCAUUUAUAUCCUGAAAACACCACUCUUGUGCUGGCUCUGCUGAACAGCAGCGUGAAUCCCCUCAUUUAUUUCCUGGUGGGGAGCUGCCGGCAGUGCCGGUUCCGAGGCUCCAUCAAAGUCGCCCUGCGCCGAGUGUUUGAAGAGGAAGAGAGGAGCAAGGAGCAGAGCCCCGCGCCCGAGGGCAUCUGGAUGGAGAGCAGUGUCCGGGGCACUGCUGGGGAGGGGGAGGCCUGA